AUGGAGAAGGUGAAUACGAGCGAGCGUCUUGCUCAGUUAAGGCAUCUUAUGAAGCAACAUAAGGUCGAUAUUUACAUCAUUCCGUCUGAGGACAGCCAUUCCUCGGAAUAUAUCGCCCCAUGCGAUGCAAGGAGAGAGUUUAUAUCGGGCUUCUCGGGUUCUGCUGGGUGCGCUGUGGUCACGCAUGAUAAGGCCGCUCUAGCAACGGACGGUCGAUACUUUAACCAAGCCUCGAAACAACUGGACGAGAACUGGCUUCUACUUAAACAAGGCCUUCAAGACGUACCGACAUGGCAAGAAUGGUCAGCAGAGCAAUCAGAGGGAGGCAAGAUUGUGGGCGUUGAUCCUACUGUCAUAUCUGCUCCUGACGCCCGAAAACUGGCCGACAGGAUCAAGAAACGCGGCGGCCAAGACUUGAUAGCAAUAGAGGAGAAUCUUGUAGAUUUGGUCUGGGGAGACCAACGUCCUCCGAGGCCCAGCGAACCGGUGAACGUUCUUACGAAAGGAUUUUCGGGGAAGGACGUCAAGACAAAGCUGGAGGAGCUUCGAAAGGACCUAGAAAAGAAGCAGAGCUCUGGAUUCAUCGUUUCAAUGUUGGACGAAAUUGCCUGGCUGUUCAAUCUACGAGGCAACGAUAUUCCCUACAAUCCCGUAUUCUUUUCAUACGCUGCAAUCACUCCCACUACCGCUACGCUUUACGUCGAUUCUUCGAAGCUGAGCAGCGAAUGCAGGACCUAUCUCGCAGACUAUGGAGUUUCUGUCCGCCCAUACGAGAAGAUUUUUGACGACAGUGCAGCAUUGAGUCAGUCAUUAGAUACUCCAAACGACGAAAGCCAAGAAGAGCCCAAAAUCAAAAAGUUUCUUGUGUCGAAUAGAACCUCGUGGGCACUGAAGCGAUCACUGGGCGGAGAGGCUAAAGUGGACGAAAUACGGAGUCCUAUUGGAGAUGCUAAAGCAGUGAAAAAUGAGACCGAACUUGAAGGCAUGAGGGCAUGCCAUAUAAGAGACGGAGCGGCUUUGAUCGAGUAUUUUGCAUGGCUUGAACAUCAACUCACUGUUGAAAAGGCGGUAAUUGACGAAGUCACUGCUGCAGAUAAGUUGGAAGAGUUUCGAUCAAAACACAAGCACUUUGUGGGAUUGUCCUUUGAUACUAUCUCCUCUACAGGUCCCAAUGCGGCUGUGAUCCACUAUAAGCCCGAACGCGGUAACUGCUCAGUCAUAGAUCCAAACGCAGUGUAUCUGUGUGAUUCUGGAGCUCAAUACCUGGAUGGUACGACGGACACUACACGCACACUCCAUUUUGGUGAGCCAACAGAAAUGGAGAGGAAGGCUUAUACUCUGGUACUGAAAGGGAAUAUUGCUCUUGAUGUUGCUGUAUUCCCCAAAGGAACAAGUGGAUUUGCCCUGGAUACUCUGGCGCGACAAUUCUUAUGGGAAAACGGUCUGGACUAUAGACAUGGCACUGGUCAUGGCGUAGGCUCAUACUUGAACGUACAUGAGGGACCGAUUGGCAUCGGAACUAGAAUACAAUACUCUGAAGUUCCUCUGACAGUAGGAAAUGUGAUAUCAAACGAGCCUGGAUACUACGAAGACGGGUCCUUCGGAAUCCGAAUCGAGAACAUCAUCAUGGUGAAAGAGGUCGAAACAGAGCACAAGUUCGGGGACAAACCCUACUUGGGCUUUGAGCAUGUUACCAUGGUCCCUUACUGCCGCAGAUUGAUUGACGAGAGUCUCCUGACGAGGAAAGAAAAGCAUUGGCUGAACGAAUAUCAUGCCGAUAUUCAUGCCAAGACAAAGGACUUCUUCAAACCGGGUUCGAUUGCGAUGAAAUGGCUAGAACGUGAGACGACACCUAUCUGA